GAAUAAUAUAAAAAUACCCCAAACAAUAAUUCCGAAAAAUACUGAACAAAAUUAUAUUAGGUCCAGUAUCUAAAUAUGGCCACCUAAUUAAAUUUUUAAUGGGAUGAAUUUUUGUCUCCAAAAUUUAUUGACUAAUCUACAAAAACAAUAACGGUAAAAACUACUAAACUAGUAACUUCGUAAGCCGGCUCCGAUACCACUGUUGGGAAACGAGACUUGGAUAACGCAGCGGAAAACAAAAAUUUAUAGUCCAAAACUCGAUUUCACCCAAGAACAACUUACGUAAAUUACUAGCUAUAGUAAGAAAUUUACCUUAACGGUGAAAACGGAGAACGGAGGAACGGUCGGGGAUGGUUUUGAGGAGAUGAACGUAGCGCCAAACGUAUGAAGCCUCCAACGUAUCCACACGAACUUGCUCCGGAGUCCAAGAUUAAACUUGUGCUAGCAAGUUUAAUAUAGGAUAGUAAAAACUAUAAUAAUACUACUUUGGGAGUAAUAAAUAUAUAGUAAAAUACCCGGGGCCCCUCUUCCGGGUUUUCUUUUUUUUUUAUUUAUACUGAGCAAGACCGGUGUAGUAACCAGCGUACCAAGCUCGGCUUGUGUCUCAGUCUUCCCUCCGAAUAAUUACCGGGCCUAGCUGGCCCGACACGUACUCAUUAUUACCUCGGUUUGACUGGGCAAUAAUCGCGAGUCUUAUACCAACAGGGAGCACAAAAUGAUAUUCUUGGAGCAAUAUCAUGAAUAUGUGAUCUCAAAUCUUCAUGUGGGCCAUUCUUCAAUUAUCACUGCAAAGGAUAAUGCAUGCCCCUUAAAUCUUCAAGGAAGCUAAUUUGAUUCCUUUGUGCCCACCACGUGUGGUAACCAUUUAAUGAAAGCAUCAUUGCUCUUUCCUUUUUGCAUGUGGCGGUGGGGUCAUCAAUCAAACUCGUCUCCAUGUUUGGCCAUUGAUUCCACAAGAUUUAAACAAAUUAAACUCAAUCACUCAUGUGGGUGUUUUAUAAUAUGUCCGCCACAUGCUCCUCUCACUAAUUUGUUUUCCUUCAUUUGUUUUCUUCCACUCAUAGCAGUAGAUGUAAUUGCCACGGAGGAGCAGACCUGUGCAGCAACAGAAGAUUUCAACCAUGGUGACGGUGAAAGCAGACACCAACGGUAGAGAUGAGUUUGAGUUGUGGCUGAUAAUUUCUUUGAAUACAAAUUUCAGCGGGCCAUGGACGUAUUUUAAAAGAAGUGGGCUAAGACCUCAUUCAACAAUGAUCCGGAAGUCCUCCAACGGAGAGAGAUGUGAAUGGCAGUUGGGUUUCUUCAACGACAGUGACCAUUAGGGGAUUGCUCCGGUGUUGUCGUAGUAGUGGUGUGCGGCGGUAGUAUUCUUCUGAGGCUGCAGGGAGAUAUCUCCGGCAUCAAUCUCUUAAUUUUCUCUUUGAAGGGGUGGCCCGUCAAAGUGCGGAUGCAACUCCAUCUCCCAACAAAGGUGUGACUAACUCUUGUAGUGGGUCAGAUGCGAAACCAAUGGGACAAGUGAUGGUGGUUUAGCUCUGGCUGUGGCUAAAUUUGGCAGCGGUGCUGCCGAAGAUCCUCUAGACAUCGUAGCCAAGGCGAGAUCCGAGCUCCCCAACCAUGGCCAUCCCUUUUAGCAUGAUGACAACCCAUGGCGGGGUACUGGCGGUCUAGAAUUUGACCAGCGACUACUCCCUUUCAAACAACAGUGUAGCAGUGGUAGCAUACCAGAUCAAGGGUGGUCAUGGUACAUCCAAUGCAGAAAGCAACCUUCAUUAUGCUUAAUUUCUCAUGAUGCACCAGCCGUCGCGGAUGGCAGCGAAUUGGAGUUUCACCUCUUCAAACUGUCCUUCCCAAUACUUUGCUUCCAGGGUUAGACCCCGACAACAAUGGUCGCUGCGGAUCGGAAAAGAGCAACGGCUAGAGAUUUGGCAGCAAAUAUGAGGUCGAUGAAUCUUGGCUCCCUUCGAGAACAAUCAACAACUUCUCCCAAUUGCUAUGGAUUUUUUACAGCUGCGGUUGCAACGGUGAUUUUUGGCAUCACUCUCGAUGGUAGCUGCCUUCGGCGGGGAUAUGGCGGGCCAUCUGCGGGGAAGGCAAUUUUGACGAACUUUGGCUUCAAUAGAUCUAUAGGUGCUUGAUCUAUCUCUCAACAAGAUCUCUUCACAAAGAAAAGAUUACAUCUUGAGAUUUAGCUCUCCAGUAUUGCCUCUUCAUUUUUUUUGUUGCACCAUCAUUCCCCAAAGAAUGGGACAUCACUUUCUCUUUAAAUUGAGCAAUGAAUCAGUCCAGAUUUUUGAUGAACUUUGAAGCAAUUCAAAAGGCAUGGCUUUGUGUUCGAGGUCCCACGGUCGGCGCCAAAAUAAUGGUGUAAAUUAUCGACCGGUAUAUUGUUUUUAGCCGGGUAAAACGAUAAACUAGUCUAAAAAAUACACCAAAACAUAAACACGAGGAUUUUGACGUGGAAACCCAAAUCGGGAGAAAACCACGGGCCUUUUUUGGCGGUACCUUGCCAACGGGGGAUUUUUAUUAAUAUCGGGGGUUGUACACGGUACAUGAUUUGGGCUAGGAAGCCAUUAAUGAAAGCUUGAAGCUUCUUUGAAGAAAUAAAAUAUAGAAUAUACAAUAUU